AUGGCCAAGAUGAAGUUUCUAUCUCAUGGAGUGGGAGGCAAGAGGUCUCCAGCCACCGCUACCAGCAGCAGUGUUUCGGGGGAUAAUGCUGCUGACCCGGGAUCAUUGAGUGAUGCCGAGCCCGAGAAUGAAACUCAGAUCGAGCGCAAGCGAAGACUGAAUCGCAACAACGAGCGCAAGAAGAGGGCCAAGAGAAUCUCCAAGAUUGAAGAUCUGACGGCGAGAUUUCAUACGUUAACAAGCGAAAAUGAAGCAUUGAAGGCAGAGUCCAAAGAACUAAGAGAGAAGAUUGAACUUGUGAAGGAGUACAUGAAGGAAAACGGCAAGAAGGGACCCUCUGCAGCCGUCCCGUCUCCUUCACCUUGCCCGCAAGUGCCAAAAUCCACUAGUUGGCUCGGUUCGUCCUCAACCAACCUCACGGCCCAUUCGAUGUUGUCCGCUGGGAUGCAAACGACUGGUGGGAGCUCGGUAUCCCAGUCGCAGCCGCAAGGACAAGUCACCCUGCCCAACCUGACGGCUGCGGCAAUCCCAGCUUCCGCAGCAACGAAUCACCGAGCAACAACGACCGGCAUUUCUGAUGUUAGUUUGAGCCUCAUCUCAAGAGAGCAACGGAUUCUCCUGUUGCAACGAGAGUUCGAGAAGCAGAACAUGAUCUUGAAGUUGCUGCGACUCCAGAUGGGUACUCACCCAGGGGGUGAGGACAGUAACGCACCCGUUUCGACCUGUGCAGCGGCGCCAUCCUCCAGCCUGACCCUCCUGCACCAGCAGCAGCACUCGUCAAUGUCCCAGGAUCCCGCUCCGUCUUUAUUUGACUCAGCUACCCCCGCCCCGGUUCCCGCAACAUCAUCUCAAACAAGCCAUCAUGCCCUCUUGCAGCAACAUCAGGCUGGGCCCGCUCCUGCUCCAUCCCACUUUGCGGCGGCUGCAGGUGCCGCAACAGUGAAUUCGACCAACGAAUCACUAGAAAACCUGUUUUCGCAGCACCCACUCCUGCGGACACUGCAAGAACUGCAACGCCAACAAAGAGGAGGACCGUAA